AGAUUUUUUUUUUAGUUGGUUCUCUCGGCGAUCAUGUCUGAAACGGCGCCUGCUGUUGCCGUUACGGCCGCGGCUCCGGCCGUAGCUUCGAAAGCUCCCGCUAAGAAGGCGAAGAAAGCGGGAGCGGCGAAAGCGCGCAAGGCGUCGGGUCCCAGCGUCACCGAGCUGAUCACCAAGGCGGUGGCCGCUUCCAAGGAGCGCAAAGGGGUGUCCCUGGCCGCCCUGAAGAAGGCCCUGGCCGCCGGCGGCUACGAUGUGGAGAAGAACAACAGCCGCAUCAAGCUGGGCCUGAAGAGCCUGGUGAGCAAAGGCACCCUGGUGCACACGAAGGGAAUCGGCGCUUCCGGCUCCUUCAAACUCGGCAAGAAAUCAGGCGAAGGGAAGGAGAAGGCGCCCAAGAAGAAGGCGCCCAAGGCUAAGAAGCCAGUUGCCAAGAAGCCCGCGAGUGGCGUCAAGAAGCCCAAGAAGGCAGGGGCGGCAGCGGCGGCGGCCAAGAAGAGUCCGAAAAAACCUAAAAAGCCCGCGGCGGCUAAGAAGGCCGCGAAGAGUCCCAAGAAGGCCAAGCUGGUUAAGCCCAAGAAAGUCGCCAAAAGCCCGGCCAAAGCGAAAGCUGUGAAGCCGAAGACGGCCAAGCCCAAGACCAAGCCUAAAGCGGCCAAAGCGAAGAAGGCGGCGCCCAAGAAGAAGUAAACCAGCGGAGUUGGCCCGUGGUUGCUUUUCCAAAAACCCAAAGGCUCUUUUAAGAGCCACCCACAGAAUCCAGAAGAGAGCUGUCGUCCGCCCAGUAAAACUGUCCGAAUGCUUUCAUGCCCUGAAACAAAGUAACAGCGCAGUAAGGCUUGCGGGGGAUCCUGGCCACUAGACGUAGGCAUUAUCCUCUAGCGUUUAAGGCUCUUGAGCAGCUAUGAUUGAGCUUCGAGGCAAGUAUAUUUAAGAAUGGAGCUCUACGCGCACUAAAGCCAGACGAAUCAUUGCUUCUGCAAAGGGGGGGGGGACGGGGGGUAGCAGGUUUCCACCUCUGUAUCUGGUGUUAGUAAGAAAAGUAACUGGGCAAUAAAUGCCACUGAGUUUAA